AUGCAAAGUAUUAAUAAUAUAACAAGCAUUGACGAAUUGCUAUAUUUGUUCGAUUCUCUCAUAAAUGAUGGACACAUUAUAACCAUCUUGAGCAUAAAAUAUUCACUCAACUUACCGUCUGAUUUAUCUCAAAAAUUUAUACAGUUUUACUUUGAAAGGAGAAAAGAGGAACUUCGAGCAACAUAUCUAGUAGAAGGUUAUAAAAAGGAUAACAUUGAAUAUAUCUGUGGUAUAUUAAAUGAUGAAGAUAUAUCAGAGUUAAAAAAAGAUGAAGGUAAAUUCUCUAUAAGAAUAUACAGCAUACAAUCGAAUAAAAGUAGAUCAGAUUUGUCCCUCUUAUGGAGACAAGAAUUGAAUGAGCUAAAUAAGUUAUACCAGAAGACUGAUUUAAAGCGUCAAUUAAUUGUUCCUCAGUUUUCUGAUAUUAUCCUAGAUGAUCUGAAAGUUAAACCUUUUGAAAAUAAUUCUGCCACUCCUAAUAUUAUUCAAUCAAGUCAAAAUGAUAUAAAAGAAGAUCAUAAAAACAAACCCAAUACUCCUAUAUCCGUUAAAAUAAAAAAAGAAAUUAAUGAUGUGAAUGAACCCUUAUCUAAUAAUAACACCAAUAUAGAUAAACCAAAAAAUCUGAAACAAAAUAAUAUAUAUAGUUUUAUUGAAAAAGAAAAAAAUGUUGAUAAUUAUUCAAAUAAUAUAAAAGAUGUAAAUGAAAAUAAUAAAACAACUACAUCUAGUGUAAUCAAUACAGGAAAUAACAAAGGUAAUGAUAAUAUAAAUAAAUUAUUAGAAUCUUCAUCAAUAUCACAUAAAAGAAAAAUGAAUUUUGAAGAUAAUGUUUUUAAAAUAAAACGUGAAAAUAUUUCUGUAGAUUCAAAUAAUAAUGACAUUAACAAAAUUGCAUGUGAGAAUAGUCCGGAUAGUAAUCAUAUAAAUAAUUUUGAAAAUAAUAUGGCUUUGAAUAAUAAGCGAAUAAAAAAAGAAAUUGAAUAUGAUCAAAGUGUCGAUUCAUCCAGUAAAUCAAGUGACAAAGAUUUGUUACAUGAAAACUUUGAAGCUUCCAAAAGUGAUAGCAAAUCAAAGUUGUUCGAAUAUGAUUCGAAUGAUGAAGAGACUGAAGUAAACACUUCUGAAGAAAAUGAGAAACCUCCAACUGUUUUACCAGAAAUUAAAACAGUUAAACAAACACAUAUGUAUUAUGAGAAUGGCUACUUGGUUACACUCGACAAAAAUACAUGUGUUAAAGUAAAAAACGAAACAUCGACAACAAACGAUGUUAAUAAUGUUCUUAAGGAAUCCAUUCCGUCAAAUAAUAAAAAAAGAAAAGUUCUUCAACAAACGUUGUUAACGAAUUUUUUUAAAAAGAAAAAGUAA